UGGCGAAUGGCGAGCGACCGCAGCAGAGCGUUCGCUGUAUGGGGCCUCCACAAGCGCUUGCUUCGAGUUGGGCUUUUCAGUUUCUUACAGUGUGUCAGCGCGGAUGGCAGUGCUGCCGUCUUCAUUUUCAAAACGAAUUUGUGCUUUUCGUGCGCCGCGUCUACGUCUUCACAUGUUUUUAAGGUGUGUACAACCGCACACACAGCACCACGGUAUGUUUGCAUAUGUCAGCAUAUAUCCACGUAAUUACGCCGAAGCAAAAGCAUUCGCAGCCCAAACGCUCCGCGCUCAUUAGUGUUGAACAAAUUGAAAUGCGCCCGGGCGCGCGCGCGCGCUCAAAUCGUGUAAGAAUGCAUAUCAACUGAAACGUUUUACAAAUGAAAAUGCACACAAAUAUGCAUAUGUGAGUGAGUGAGUGUGUGAACUGUUCAGUGAAAUGGAGUAGAGGAAAAAUAGUUAACUUAAAGUGAAAAUGGAAUUUGUGUACGAGAUUUGAUAGAUAAUUAAUAUGUAAACGAAAAAGUGUUACAAUGUAAGAAAAUUUAAUAAAAUCAAUGUGUUUACGACGAAAAACAACAAUUAAUCAUAACACUAAUUUACAAUAAAACAUGUCAAUAGCCGCACAAUGCAGGAGAGCAGUCUAGAAAUAAGAGUUCACAAAGUGCACAACAUGCAGUUAUAAUACAACAAAAACUACAUAGCAUUUUAUUAAAGCAAUAAUAAGCUAAAAAUACAUAUGACUGCAUAGUCUCAAUGCAAGCGCAGAAAGUGUGAAAAGAACAACAUAAAAUUGAAAAUACCAAAUUGAAUGAAAUCAGCAAUAAAACCAACAACAACAGUGAAAAGCGAUACGUCAAAAAUUGUCCGUGCACGGGCAGGCAGUCGGCAAGCAAUCAGACAGUUAGGCCAGCAGGAGCAAGCGUCGAGCGACGGUGGCGACAGCUACGAUGACAGCGACCAUGGCGGCCAAAGAUACAAAUCAAUUGACGCGGACCAACGCCAACCUCAUCGGCACCAACAUCAACGGUCACCACCCAAUCAGGCGGCAGCCAUUUCGCCCGCAGCCGUCAGCACUGGUGAAUACAAUACCAACGACAGCAACAGCAACAGCAUUGCAAACAACGAUGGGCAGAGCGAUAAAUAUUGGUUUUGCCGACUACACACACGCGCACCACGCGCCCCAGCAUGCGGGCGACGGUGGAAUAUUGCAUGAAAGGGUGCACCAACGUAAUGAAGUGGCCACCGGGCCGACCCGCGUUGCCACAUGUGUCGAUAGCGCUGUUGUUGUUGGCGAUGAUGAUGAGGCCAAUGUCGAUAGCAAUGGCAACGUAUUCACUCGUAGAGAUAGAGUCGCCGCCACGGCUGCUGUUGCUGCUGUUGCUGCCGCUGUUGGCGAUGUUAAUUUUCCCGUUGACACGCGCACAGGUGUGACGACGACGGGCGGCAUUACGAGUAUGCUGAACGCUGUGGACGUUGAUGUUGACGAUGAUGAGAGCGACUCGUUCGGUUCAAUGGAGACGCUGUCCGACAAUGUGGCUGUUUGGGUGGACGGUGAGAAGCACUGGGUGGCGGGUGUGGACGCGAAUACGACGUGUGCGGAUUUGAUUGGCGCGUUGCUCAAUUAUCAAAACGCACAGCAAUUGCAGGAAAAACACUACCAGCAACAACAACAGCAGCCACAACAGCAUAUGUUUAAUGUCAACAGCGGCAAACACAACAACACCAACAACAAUAUGAUGGGCACUACCAGCAUCAGCGAUGGCACGGCAAAUACAGCCAUCAAUCAAUCAACGUUAAUAAAAACAUCAACGCAUACCAAAGAAAAUUGCGAUCCAUUGCUCGCUGCGAGCGAUGAAUUGACUAUUGGCGGCUGCCUUCCCAUGGCGCUAACGGUGCCGGCCAACAGUGGUGGUGGCGCACUACCUCUGUGUGGCAACCGGCUGAUGCAUGCCACUGAGUACGUCAUUGUCAAGCAGCAUCGUCACUGUGAAGAAUACUUGGAUGGCAACGCGAAGGUAUUCGAUGUGAUGCCGUUGCAGGAGGGCCCCUCAAGAAAGGAGUGCGAAUUGCUAUUGCGUCGCCUUACUGCCGCCAACAGCAACAACACGAACAACUGCAAUGGUAAUGGCAACGGCAACAAUGGCACUUUCACUGCAUUACCUAAUGCGCUGCACCGCGCCAGCUCACCGUCCCUCAAUCUCAACACACAGGUCUCUUCGCUGCUGUCCACGGACAAGGAUAGUGGCAUGGGCAGUCCGGUGGGGAGUUCCCGUAGCGCACGGUUACGUCGCCGCAAAUACAAAUCAGCCGCUACGGUGAGUUGGUUGGCACAGGCGAACACGUUGCAUCCGCGCGUCUCUCAGCGGGCUGUAGCCGCUUUCAGUGGACUCGGCAACGCGCUGACCAACGCACAGGCGAAUAAUGGUGGUGGGAGCAAGCACAUCGCCGUCAUCGACUGUGGAAUGGGCGAGGAUGAUGAUGCGGCCGCGGACGCGUUGGCUGGUUUAGGCGGAGGCGGCGAUGGAGGUGGAGAAGGCGUGAGUGCAAAUGAGCGGCUACUGAAAAUUAUUCUAGCACAGGACGAAACCAUUCAUCGACAGUUGGCCCUUUUAAGAGAAAAAGAGCGACAAAUUUCGAAAAUUGAAGAGGAGAAGCAUCGCGUCCGCGAGCGUGAGCUGGGUAAAAAUUACCUACUCGAAACGUACCUGAAUGGCCUGGACGAGGCGCACGGCGAACCCGAUUUGGAGACGUGCACCGAUGUGGCAUUGGCCGAUAGUCCGCUUAAUGAAUUCAAUGAUGUCCGUGUUGCUGAUACUGGUCUUGUUCAUUACGUCGAUGGCGUUGGCGUUGGCGUUGGCGGUGGCGCCGCAGAUGACGACGAUGGCCGUGAUGAUGAUGCUGACGUGGAGAUCUAUAUUGACGAACCGUUUCAGCGAACAACGGGAGUAACAACAAAAGCAACGAAAAAGGAUAUUGGCACAUCAAAAGUGAGGGACUUCAAUUUGGAUGCACGACACUCGAAGAAAUUAAAGGGCGAUUUCAGUGGAGCUGGUGGAGGAGGCGGAGCGGGUGUUGUAACAGGCGAAACAAAUAAGCAGCAAGACAAUGAAAAGGACGUGGAAGCACAACUCGUGUGGCUGGAGAAGAUCUACGCGCUCAACAAGCAGCUGCAGCGCGAGGAGGAGAUGCUGCUGAAGUUGCAUGCGAAGAUACGGAAACAUCAAGUGAAACGUGCCUACCAAACCAAACGUGAAGUGUUGCAACAAAUUGAGAAAUUGGACGCCGAGUUGACGUUGCAAUGUUGUGACAUCCGCGCCGUGGAGAGCAAAUUGCACUCGUCCAACGAGCAGCUAAAACAGAAGCUGGGCGUCUUGGAGCGACUGAGUCAGGAGUUUCUGCAGACGAUGGAGACGCCGGCGGCGGCGAGCGAUGCGGCUGACGAGACGGUAGCGGUUGCUAAUCGAAUGCCAGAUGUAAUUAACAGUGACGAGCGCAAUCUUGCAACAAUGUUGCCUGCCACGGAGGUGGCAAGAACGAGGGAGUUGCACGAUGCUGCUGUGUCGUUGCAGGCGAAACAGACGACAGAACAGUUAGCGGCGCAAGAAAGUUGCCAGCUACAGCAAUGUGUUGGCACGCAAGAAGCUGUGUGGCAGUUGCAAAAGGAAAGCGUGGACUUGCCACAAACAAUGCACGCAACUGCCGCUCAGAGUAAUAAAAUUAAGGAAUUGUGUGAACUAACGCAAACAAAUACCAACACAACAACAACUCAUAUGCAAUCAGCUGCAGAAAAUUCAAUAGCAACAACAACAACGAGGCAUGCAACAACGCUGGCAACAAAACUGACAGCGACAAGCUGUACCACAUCAUCGUCAGCGUUAUCGUCAACCGCACAAACGACGGCCGCAACAACAACAACACCAACGGCACUCUCAGAUGCAACAACACAGGCAGAGUCAGCCGUAUUUGCGUGCAACAUGUCAGCCGCAUCGCCGGCGGAUGAAAAGCAAGCCACAGCACUACAUCUUCUUCAGCCACAGCAUCUGCAACAACAACAGCAGCAGCAUCAUCAGCAGCAGCAGCAACCACAACCGCAGCAAAAACAAUUACCAGCGGCGUCUGAAGACGACAAUAACUCACAUCAAUGUGUCGCCGCUGAUGACUUGCUCGUCGAUGCUGUGGCAGCCGUCGGCGGCGUGGCACUUCCGCAAAGCAAUUAUCCAAUUAGUUGCAUUAAUCAAGCGGCCAUACAUGCCACCAGUAAGCUGCCAACGCAUCCGCACAGUGUUGUUGCAGCUGUAAAUUUAACAACGCCGGAGCAAGCUCCAAUGCCAACAGCCGCCACAGCGGCUGUGCCAGCCGCCUAUUUAACAUCUUCAGCAACGCAGUCCGCAGGAAAUAUAACAAUUCUCCAACAACAACAGCCAGUGCAGUUAUUGCCGCAAAGACAAUAUUUGAACUACAUGAAUGGUAGCUGCGUAAGCAACGAUACUGCCAACAACAACAACAGCAAUACCAACAAUAAGAACUUGCUAGCGCCUUCCCAUGCCGCCCACACGAAAACGCUGCAGAAACAAAUGUUCGGUCCGAAAUCUCUCAAUCAACGGCAACCAUCCGCAGUGCCGCCGCCUAAAACAAUACACAUCUCAGUGCCAGCGUGGACCACACCUACCGCCCCCACGGCAACGCCCAUGCACGGGGGAGCGCACACUGGGUUCAGCAUGCCAUCAUCAAUAUUAGCACCUCUACGGCCAACGACGCCGACGGCGCUGUCGGCUGCACCUGUGGUUCCUCCGGUUGUGGAUAUCACACAGUUGGGCACACUGGUCUAAAGAUAACGUUGGGUUAUACUCGGUUGUUUGCUGGCCAUCAAACACACAUUUGCGCGCGGCCAGUGGGCAAGGGAACGCGCCUUGAGAAACUCCGCACAGCUGGUGUAGGUUACACGGUGACUACGAAAUGCUGCACAGUGUUUUAGAUUCGAAUAAAUAGCAGCUAAAUUAGACUGUAGAAAAGUUUUUGAAAAACUAUUUUCAAUAUUUGAGAUUAUCUUAAAAUAUCGAACUCGUUAUUGCAAAAAAGCUAUUAAAAUAAAGAAUACUUCUUAAAUUGGUGUUCCAUUUGCUCAAAGAUGUAAAAUGUCAAGCUAAA